AGGAGGAGGCUCGUCUGCAGGCGCACGGAGGCAGAGCUGCCUCACACUAACUAACUAACCGUGUCACGAAGAAGCCGAUGUGCACUUUUGAAGGAUUAAAAUGACAUUUCUGAUUCAUUUUUUUUCGACAAUUGUACUUUCCCCAGCGGCUCUGGAGACCUGACCAGUGAAUUGAGGCUUUCUGGUUGUUCUUCUUGCCCCGGCGGCAGCUCCGAGGCGGUGGAGUCUUUUCGUGCCUGCUCGGUCUUCUUCUACUUCUUCUUCUUCUUCUUCUUCUUCUUCUACUUCUUCUUCUUCUUCUUCUUCUUCUUCUUCUUCUUCUUCUUCUUCUGCGGAUUGUUAAGGUUUUCGACACCUUUUUACAACGAGGAGAACCGAGCAGCUGGACUCCGUUUGGCUACAGUCACACUAUGCAUGGAGGGAGAAGACACUUUACGCAUCGCUCCGGUCCGGCGGCACACACAUGACUUCUACAACGUGGCCACUGGUCGGAGCUUAGCGCUGAUCCAUCGAAAGAGGACUACGAGUGGAUGAAAACAAGCAGCCUUCAAUCCAGAAAAGAUUCCUCCUCUCUGCGAUAAGAGUCGACUAACCGCGUGUAAGGACCACUGGGAGUACAAGAAACAAGUCAAGGACACGUUCACUCCCCCCCCCCCCCCCAGCCUGCAUGAAGAUGAGUGAAAAAACGAUCCUCUUCAGUCGAGGAGCCUAAUGAAUACCAAGGAAUCUUGAAAAAACAAGCAGUAAGAGUAAGUCUGUGCGAGAGGAUCCAGCAACCAUGUGGACAUUAGCUCUGACUGUCCACUCGCUUCUCGCUGCUGCACUGCUAUUGGCUAGCUACUUCCAAUCAGCGAUGGCCACCGAGGAGGAUGUCACGCCGCGCAUCAGUUUCCGACACAACGCAAAGGAGAGGCAGUCCAAGAGAUUCUCCGUGGACGGGGUCUUCAAUUACACCUCUCUGCUGCUCAGCCAGGAGGACGACAUGCUGUACGUCGGAGCCAGGGAGGCGCUGUUCGCCCUCAGCCUCUCGGACAUCAGCAAGACCAAGCUGCAGAAGAACCUGACGUGGGGCACUCCUGCUGGAAAGAGAGAGGAGUGCAGCUUCAAAGGGAAGAACCUGGAGACUGAUUGCUUCAAUUACAUCAAAAUUCUUCUCCGGCUGAAUAGCACUCAUCUCUAUGUGUGUGGCACCUUUGCUUUCAGUCCUAUCUGCGCCUACAUAAACACGUCAACGUUCGCACUGGAGAGAGACGAAGUGGGCGAGGUGGUGAUGGAAGAUGGGCGCAGCCGCUGCCCCUUUAAUCCAGAGUCCAAAUCCACUGCCAUCAUUGUUGAUGGUGAAUUGUACACGGGCACUGUCAGCAACUUCCAAGGGAACGAACCAGUCAUCUACAAGAGUUUGGGUCAGGGAACUGCACUGAAGACCGAAAACUCUUUAAAAUGGCUGCAAGAUCCCGUCUUUGUCGGGUCGGCUUACAUUGAGGAGAGCCAGCCAAUAGGCAACCCCGUGGGCGGCGACGACAAGGUUUACUUCUUCUUCAGCGAGGCGGGAAAAGAAUUCGACUUCUUUGACAACACCAUUGUGUCGCGGAUCGCUCGCGUGUGUAAGGGUGAUAAGGGGGGUGAGCGCGUGCUGCAGAAGAAAUGGACAACAUUCCUGAAAGCCCAGCUCCUAUGUUCCCUCCCCGAUGACGGCUUCCCCUUCAACAUCAUCCAGGACAUGUUCGUCCUGAAGCCCGUGGGAGACAGCUGGGAGAGCACCGUCUUUUACGGCGUCUUCACCUCACAGUGGUAUAAAGGAGCCUCAGGCAGCUCAGCGGUGUGCGCCUUCACCAUGGCCCAAGUGGAGAGAGCCUUCAGCGGCCGCUACCGAGAGGUCAACAGGGAGACCCAGCAGUGGUACACCUACAACCACCCUGUGCCAGAGCCACGUCCCGGGGCGUGUGUGACAAACCACGCCAGGCAAAUGGGAAUCCAGUCGUCCUUGCACAUGCCUGAUAAAGUGCUCAACUUUGUCAAGGACCAUUUCCUGAUGGACAGUGUGAUCCGCAGCGCCCCCCUGCUGCUGAAACGCAGUGUUCGCUACACACAGAUCGCCGUGCACAAGAUCCAGGGCAUGGAGAGGGCUUACGACGUGCUCUUCAUCGGAACGGAUGAUGGAAAGCUCCAUAAGGCCAUCAAUGCCAACGACAAGAUGCACAUCAUCGAGGAGCUGAUCCUGUUUCCCGAGCCUCAGCCCGUGCAACACAUUGAACUCGAUCCUCAGAGGGGUCUGUUGUUCGUUUCGUCCUACUCUGGGCUGGUGGAGGUUCCUGUGGCCAACUGCUCCAACUACCUGAGCUGUGGAGAGUGUGUAUUGUCCAGAGACCCGUACUGCGCCUGGACCGGCCGGCUGUGUCGGGACGUUAGGAUGGCUCCGCCUGACAGCCACUGGCAGCAGGAUGUGGAGGAGGCCGAUACCUCAGCGAUUUGUAACAAGACGUUUCCCAGCACCAGAUCUACCAGACCAGCAGCAGCUCCUCGUGGCUCCCAUUGCCAGCUCAUUACAAUCCCAGCCAGCACAUUCAGAGUCCUGCCCUGCACGCCGCGGUCCAACCUGGCACAGAGGCGGUGGCGUUACAGUGACAGCGCCAGUCAGUUCGUCUACGCUACUCCCGAGGGAAACCUGGUCGUGGUGGCUCAGGCUGACAGGAUGGAGACCUACGAGUGCUGGUCAGAGGAGGAGGGCUUCCGCCAGCUGUUGGCCAACUACUGUGUGAGGGCGGAGCCCCGCCUGGAGAGCACCACUCUGAUGGGCCACUCGCGCACACCACACGUUAAGCUUGAGGAGACCAUCAUCCUGCCCGGCGAGUCUCGCUCUGAGCAGGUCCACACGAAGACGUACUGGAACGAACUGAUCGUGGUGUGUGCCCUGCUGGCGUUCUCCCUCGUGGUGUUCUCCUUGUUCGUCAUCUACAGGAACCGCGAUCACAUGAAGUCCAUGCUGAAGCAGGGCGAGUGUCCUAACAUGCAGCAGAAGAAGCCGAGGAUAGUGGGGAAGCCUGCAGAGAGCCUACCCCUCAACGGAAACCCCAUCCCCGUUUCCACUUCAGAUCACAAGGGCUACCAGACGUUAAAUGACAACUACAUCUGCAGCACGCCCACACACGAGUCGUCACCAGACAACAGCAAGAGCUUCUCUGAGUCCUCUGACCAGCGGCCGCUCAACCUGAAGGAGAGUCACGUGGAAUACUCCCCGACCUGCCCUCGGCCCAGAGUGAGGCUGGGCUCCGAGAUCAAAGACUCUAUCGUAUGAGAGCACAGUGCCCCCGAAAACAUGCCGCCCUGUAUCUCUGUGAAGAAUACAGGCCCGCUGGGCGAAGGAGAGGAGAUGCUGACGUCCUCCCACAUCGCAGCACAUCUUUUAUUUUAGCCAUCUUUGUUCUGUGAUCGUGCGCGGAGGUCAUUUCAUUUAAUCAUUUCCACUCCGAAGCCAGAGAUUGGUCUGGUCGGCUGCAUGAGGCUGGUGAAGAGCGCAGCACAACAAUCCGGUCUCAACCAGGAUCACUAAGCGUGGCAGCUGCUAUGAAUAGUUAUAAUAACACAGUCUUUAUUUUAAGUCAAUGCCACGGCCACUAACAGCAUAUGUGUGUGUGAAUGUAGGGCUGGGCAAUAUUGGGGAAGACGAAACAAAACAAUAAGCAGAAGAUCUUCCUCCUACAAUAUUUAUCAAAGUAUCUCUUUGGAUGUGCAAGAUCCAACAUUAAUAUGUCUAGUCGAUGUCCAUCACAUGCUAUGAUAAAAACAAUAGACAAUAAAUAUAUUGUCCAGCUCUAUAUGAAUGUCUUGGUCUCUGCACAUGGCGGCCAUACACACUGUUAUUAUGCACACUAGAACAACGCUACAGCUACAUGAAGACCACGUGUUCAGGUUUAGGAGAAUUUAACAUUAUGAGCCACACAAUAUGAAAGUAGGUCAGCAGCACAUUUGUUCCAUUUGAAUAAAUGUCAUGACUGUAUGAGGUUAAAGGCAACGAAAGACGAGGCAGACCAGGAGAAAACACCACACCUUGGUUCAAGAGAUCCCUCUUAAACCUGUGGGAACAGUGGAACGGACUUAAAGAAAGUCAAAAAUGUGAUCGGAGAUAAUGCUCCAAGGCCUAAAUACUGGCGUUAACUCCUGGAUGUAUGUUGUUCAAAGCAGAGACCCGCCUCAUUUACACAAAACUGCACCAAGAGGGAACCGGUUUUCCUGUCUCUGCUCAUCUGAGACAGCACCUGUUCUUCAGCGUUGACCUGCAGGUCCCACGAUGAGGCAAUAAAGUGACUGAGACCCAGAUAUCCUGUUAAUGAGGUGAAUAUGGAAUAGAAACUUGACAUCACAAACACAAAGAGCCAAGCAAAGAAAGAAAAAAAGGGUGGGUGGGGACAUUCACACCUCUACCGUGUUCAGGGCAGCACCAAAAUCAUCAUGUGCACUGUGCCAAAAAACCCCCACAAAAAAACACUUGAUUGUCUUAUCCAAACGCAAUAGUGCCAUUCUUUUACAACCACCCCCAUCUCAUCGCAUUGUGUUCGCAUUGAUCACUGUCGAAGAGAGACGAUGGAGCCACAGCUGGGUUUCGCAAAAGUGAAGCGGCACCAAUUGUGUGUGAAAUGCAAGUGGAACUUUUUUUCAAGACUGUUAGCUCAUUAAAAAAACUAAAAAACACUUUGAUCUGUGUUGGGAAAAGUAAUUGACCUUCAUGAGGUGAAAAUCAGGACUGCCCGAGCAUAUGAUGUGGAGAUUAUCUGCCAUGUGGUUGUCAGGCAGGUGAGAAAGUGUUCCAGUUUUCCCUCAUCUGCCUCCGUAGUGUCCACACUGAAGUAUACAGGUGUAACUAGUUUCAGACUAGACUGAGCUCGAUGAGCACUAACAAUAACAAAAAUUAAAAUAGGCCCACUCAGAAUCGCUGUAGUGAAGAGAUGCUUAUCAACUGGUCUCUUGUCCAGACUGUAGCAGCACUGUGUAGUGAUGUAGAUGCACAGUAUUGGCUCAGUACAACCUCCACCGCUUCAUUUCUCCCACACACGGCCUCCACCACAGUCCAUCGUCGACACGUUGUUAAUGUGAAAGCACAAGUAAUCAGGGUGUUGCAUACUUACAGGUUUGCACAACUGAGGGACAGACCGAGUGGCUGCUAAGGAAAAUGUUAGUUCUUUUUGGAGCAAAAUCACUUUAUCACAGGGACCAGUGCAGCCAUUGUUACUCUUGCGCCCACAUAGUUGCUUAGACUUUUGAGACUUAUCAAGCAGAAUUUUCCAAAGAUGUUGGUGGCUGAUAGUGUUGUGUAAAUCUGAAUGAGAAACAUGCACAUGGCCGUAGGGACAAAACGGCACCACGUGUCUUAGAAUACAUCACCCGUUCACUGUAUCGAUCAAGUAAGCCUACAGUAUAUAUUCCAGUGUCACACAGAAUCAACAUUUUGCUAUUUCAAACACUGAGCAGAUGACGAAAUGCUUUGUAACACUACAAGUGCUACGAGUUGACAAAUUGCACAGUGUGCUGCGCAACAGUGGUCAGUGUUUCCCUUGUUUUCCUCUUUAGUUCAUGUUGUGUAUAUACAGUAUCUGUGUGUAAUGUUGUGUGUUUUUAAGGGACUUGUGCAAGAUGUGUUGUAGAGAUAGUCUUGAAACUAGAGAGUGAACACUGCUGAUAUAUAUAUUUUUUUCUUCUUCCCAUAAUUCUUUACUGCCUCCUUCAGCAAACAUUUCAACUCUUGCGCAGAAUGCAGCAUAUUUCUCAGCACGCUGUUUGUUCAGCACCUGGACUGGUUUUUAUCAGGCACAUCAGAGCAGAUAUUCAAGUCAUGCUAAAUUACAUGAAUAGUUAUAUAGUAACCCCCCCCCCCCCUCAAAAUGUCUACCAAUAGAUAUAACUAGAUAUAAAUCCGACUCUAAAAGCCUCACUGCUAAGACUGAUCAUUUAAUAAACUGUACAGUGUCUGGAAGCUGAAUAACCUGCUUUGAUGUGCGUGAUGGAUGACCUCACAACAUUGUAUCAAAAUGCCUUUAGACAACACGUAGUUCUGCCUUUAGCCAUGUGCUACACUGUAUACUACCCAGCAGUGACCUCGCCAACAGAAAUGUGGUGAAUGGCGUGAUUGUAUCCCCCCGUGGGCACACUGUACUCCAAACGCAACACGGGUCUACUAUAGGUUUAGUUUUACCCAAGCCACCAUUAACCUUACCUGGGAGCUGCUCAAAAUCUUGUACCAUUCUGUCAAAAAUGAUGCUAUGCACAUAGAUUUAAAAAUAUAUAUAUAUAUAAAUUCAGUGACAGUUCAGUAUUUAACAAUAAUACCACUUUUUGAUCUCAUAGAGUAAAGCAAAAUGUAUCAAUACCAUUUGACCCUAGUAGUCAACAAUGCCAAACAUUGUGUAUAUGCAUAUUUAUUAAUGAAUAGCUUUUUGUUAAAAAGUAAAUGAUCCGUUGGUGUUUGAUGCUUCAUUUUGAGUGGCUCCUCAGUAAUGCAACAUACUGUACUGGACAUGAAUGUAGCCAACUACAUCUUAUUUUCGGCAGUCGAUUUUCCUAAAAUGGCCUAAGUAGGUCAUCCAUUGUGACAUCUUUUCAGGGUUUUUGUUGAAUCGGUCGUGUCACAAAGAAACAGCACAGGAGUAGUAAUUAAUCACCCGUGCCCCACAAUGUGGGUACUGCAGUAAGAUGCAGGUACAACUCCUAAUUCUCCGUAUUGGCUCAGCCAUGACAUGAGACACAGCAACAGCGAUGCCUCAGCAUAUACCGGACUCCAUAAGCUUAGUUGACUGAAUAACUACUAGACAAAUGUGGUCUUGCCUGCAUGAUUUCUUUUUUUUUUUUAUCUGUUGUGUACAAAUAACAUUGUGACCUGUAUUUUUUUGUAUCAUUGAGAUUGUGACUGUUGUUUUUAUUAUAUUGUACAUAAAAAGCACUUUAUUUUAAUUUUUUAAGAUAAACAAAUAAAAUACAUGUUUUGACA